AUGGACAUUGUUUUCAAUGCUACUGUCUCUUUAGAUGGCAGUGGAGACUUCAAAAGCAUUGGUGCUGCUAUUUCAGCUGCACCCGACAACAGUAAUUCUAGAUUCUACAUUCGUAUAAAAUCUGGUACAUACAAUGAGCAUAUUGAAGUUGAAAGUCAAAAGACUUUCAUAACGUUAAUAGGUGAUAAUGCAGCUACUACUGUCAUUGUUGAUAAUCGAAGCAAUGGCACUGGUUUUGGAACCAGCCAAUCAGCCACUUUCGCUGUGAGGGGUAACAACUUUAUGGCAAAGUCCAUAACAUUUGAAAAUUCUGCUGGACCUAAUAAUGGUCAAGCAGUUGCUCUUUUAAAUGACCAAGCCAACUACAUCACAUUUUAUCGGUGCGUAUUUCUUGGAUACCAGGACACAAUUUUCAUAAAUGGAAACCAUUUAUUUUUCAAAGAUUGUGAAAUCUGUGGGACUGUGGAUUUCAUUUUCGGAGAUGGACUUGCAGUGUUUCAAGAUUGCAAGAUAUACGCACGAUCAUCAAAUAAUACUAUUACUGUUACCGCACAAUCAAAAGAUUCAAAGGACCAAAAGAGUGGCUUCUCAUUUCAAAACUGCAGUGUAAUGGCCUCUCCUGAACUUGGGUCAAGAAAAUAA